AUGCCGCCGCCGCCGCUCCCGCCGGUUGUGAUCCCGCAGAACACCAACCCGAUCCCCACGGCCAUCACCUCGCCCAUGUCUGGCAACAUGAUGUCGCCCACCGCGGCUGGAGGCUAUGUGCGUCGCUCUGCCCCCGAGCCGAACAAGCGAGCUCUCUAUGUCGGCGGCCUCGAUCCUCGCGUCACGGAAGAUAUCUUGAAACAGAUCUUCGAGACCACUGGCCACGUCCAGAGCGUCAAGAUUAUCCCCGACAAGAACCCCGGACAGUUCCAGAGCAAAGGCCUAAACUACGGCUUCAUAGAAUACGACGACCCUGGUGCGGCAGAGCGCGCCAUGCAGACCCUUAACGGUCGCCGUGUUCACCAAUCAGAAAUUCGUGUCAACUGGGCGUAUCAGUCCAACACUGCCUCCAAGGAAGACACCUCCAACCAUUUCCACAUCUUCGUCGGCGACCUGAGCAACGAAGUCAACGAUGAAGUCCUCCUCCAGGCCUUCUCCGCCUGCGGUUCGGUCUCUGAAGCUCGCGUCAUGUGGGACAUGAAGACCGGCCGAUCUCGCGGCUACGGAUUCGUUGCCUUCCGCGACAGAGCCGACGCUGAAAAGGCCCUCAGCUCCAUGGACGGAGAGUGGCUUGGGUCUCGCGCCAUCCGCUGCAACUGGGCGAACCAGAAGGGCCAGCCUUCCAUCUCCCAGCAGCAGGCCAUGGCCGCCAUGGGCAUGACUCCCACCACUCCCUUUGGACACCACCACUUCCCUACCCACGGCGUCCAGAGCUACGACAUGGUCGUCCAGCAGACGCCCCAGUGGCAGACUACCUGCUACGUCGGCAACCUCACUCCCUACACCACCCAGAACGACCUCAUCCCCUUGUUCCAGAACUUCGGCUACGUCGUCGAGACCCGCUUCCAGGCUGACCGUGGCUUCGCUUUCGUCAAGAUGGACACCCACGAGAACGCCGCCAUGGCCAUCUGCCAGCUCAACGGCUACAACGUCAACGGCCGCCCCCUCAAGUGCAGCUGGGGUAAGGACCGCCCGCCAACCGGCCAAUUCGACGCAUAUUCUCCUCAGCAGAGUGGCAACCCAGCCUUCAACUCUGGCACUUCGCCAUACUUCCCUCAAUACGGCGGCCCAGGCGGCCCAAUGACUCCUCAAGGUGGGAUGCCGCCAGCUCAGGGCUAUCCCCAAGUCCAAGUUCCCGUCCAGGGCGGCCCAGGCGGACCCGGCGGACCCGGUGGACCUGGUGGUGCCUCUGCCGGCUAUGGUCGUGGCCAGUCCAACCCUCCCUCCGCCGGAUGGGCACAACAACCUAACAACGGCGUCGGUGUUGGCGGUGGCGGUGGAAACUUUGGUAACGGGUUCGGUGGUUAUCAGACUUAA